UGAUAAAGCAAUACAUACGAAGAGGUACCAUAGGCAACUUCUCAACAAUUAAAUACCUACCUUGAGUGAUAGAGAGAAAUAUUGGACAAUCACAAACCUCUUUGAGACAUUGCAUGGAAGAUUUGCAAACCAGCUUGGAGUCACACAAGACUGAUUGGAUUUUUGACUCCAGACAAAGAACUUCACAGCAACAAACAGCCAAGAGGAAGAGCUUCUCCACAAAGAUGGUGGCUUUACCCUUGCCUCUUCGUCCUGCCAUAUUGUUCUUAGUCCUGAUGAGUGUGACACUGAUGACAUCUGCAUUUCCCCAGCCUCAACUUCGACCUCUGCAAAGUAACUUGCCUGCUAUUGGUCAAGAAGACUCCAAAAGUGAACAGUGGGAAGUUCUGUACCCCUCCAUCUCACUCCGUGACUGGAGCAUUCAGAUGCUGACCGCCCCAGAUUUUGGUGCAGCUAAGACUGGGACAGAACAGCUGGUGGGAGAUGAUUGGCUUCCCCUCAGCCAAUCACAGAUGGAGGAGGAGCUGGUGAAGGGCUGGCCGGGGAACUGGCCUUCACGGGUGGGUCACCAGCAGAAGAGAAACAUAGUGGUGGCAGAUGACGCUGCAUUUAGAGAGAAGAGUAAGCUUUUGACAGCAAUGGAAAGACAGAAAUGGCUCAAUUCCUAUAUGCAGAAACUCUUAGUAGUUAAUUCGAAGUAAUUAGAAUGUUUAUGUAAUUGUAUAUAUAUAUAUAUAAAAUAUGUUGAAAAAUAGUUUAAUGUGGGAGAAAAACACCAUUGAUUAUCACAGAUAAUUAAACAAGUUAAAGGGUUAGUUCAACCAAAAAAAAAAAUUCUGUUAUCUAUAAUCAUGCAUUUUAAUCCUGUAUGACUUUCUUUUCUGCCUGCGACCCAAAAAGUGUUAUUU